CAUCAGCAGAUCACAUGACCACAUGGAAGUGAAUCACAUGCCUCCUGCCUGCUUCUUCUGUUUGUAUCAACAUGGCUGUUCAGAGGAGUGAGUCUCUCCUCUCCAGCGUUACUGUAUUUCUGUUAUUCUCUCUGUGUGUGUUUGCAGAGGGAAGGGUUAAGGGCUUCAGGAAGUUCAGUGAAGGCCAGGACCCUGAAUGCACCACGGGGGGUGUGUGUGAUGAGCUGUGGUUCACCCAGAAACUUGAUCACUUCAAUGGAGCUGACAGCAGACAGUGGAAGCAAAGGUAUUUUGUAAACAAAGCGUUCUCCAGGCCCGAGGGUCCGGUGUUCCUGAUGAUCGGGGGCGAGGGUCCUGCUAACCCGGCCUGGAUGCAGAACGGCACCUGGCUGAAAUACGCAGAGAAACUGGGAGCGCUGUGCUUCAUGCUGGAGCAUCGCUUCUAUGGGAAGAGCCGACCCACCAGGUGCACUUUGAGCUUUCUGAUUAACUUUUCCUUCAUU